AAGAAGAGGAACCCGGAAGUGGCGGCGGAUGAAGUUCAGCCGAUGGAGCGGUUGUUGUGAGCUGGGAGGAAAAUGUCCGGAUUCAGCGCUGAACUCCUGGAUUACCUGGAAGGAAGAAUCACCUUCGAAGAGUUUGACAGGCGGAGAGAUGAGCGGAACCCGGAGCAGGAGUCAGAAGAUCCUGCAGAGGAAGAAAACCAACCUUCCACCUCGGCUCAGACCACGGCAGCCAUAGAGGACGGGGUCAGCCCGGUGGUCCAGCAGGCCUUCGCUUCCAUCCUGGGGGAGGCAGCAGCAGCGCCUUCCUCUGAUGAAGAGGAGGACAGCUUGAGCUACGUGGACGACGAAGGCGAUCAGGAUUACAGAGUGGAGGAGGAAGCGGCGGCGAAGGAGACGACCAAGGGGAGGAAAAGGAGGCCGAAGCGAGGAGGGAAAAGGAGCUUGUUGAGCAGCCUGGAUGAAGAGGAGGAAGAUAUGACGGUGGGAGACGUCUUCAAGCUGGAGCAGGAGCUCAACCGAGAAAACAGGAAGUCCAUGAAGGGUCGUCGUCAUGGCAGCAAGCUGCCUCAGGCGCUCAGGGGCCUGAUGGGAGAGGCCAACAUCCGCUACGCCCGAGGGGAGAAGGAGGACGCCAUCCUGAUGUGCAUGGAGAUCAUCAGACAGUCUCCUCUGGCCUACGAGCCGUUUUCCACUUUGGCCAUGAUCUAUGAGGACAACGGAGACGUGGACAAGGCGCUGCAGUUUGGGCUGAUUGCGGCCCACCUCAACCCGUCAGACCACGAGGAGUGGAUCCGGCUGGCCGAAAUGUCUCUGGAGCAGGACAACAUCCGACAGGCCGUCAUCUGCUACAGCAAAGCCAUCAAGUACGACCCCACCAAUGUGCGCUAUCUGUGGGAGCGCUCCAGCCUCCACAUGCGUCUGGGGGAGCACAAGCAGUGCAUGGACGGUUACCGCAGGAUCCUGUCUCUGCUGGCUCACGAGGACGGAGAGCACUUCAUGCAGCUGUCCAAGGACAUGGCUAAGAGUUACUAUGAGAGCAACGACCUGCCGUCGGCGCUCAGCGUGGUGGAAGAAGCUCUGACCCGACACCCCGGCUUGGUCACCGACGACUUCGUCAACAUGGCCGCCGAGCUCUACAUCUGCAGUCGGCAGUUCAAGGAGGCCCUGCAGGUUCUGGUGAAAUUUACAGACAUCUUGUUGAUUCGGGCCGAGUCCUCGCCAGAAGGCGCCGCUCAGAGAGAGCCGGGGACCGAGGGGCAACAGGAAGAGGAGGAACCAAAGUCCAGCCGGGACUCCGAGGACAGUGGAGAGAUUGUGGACGUCCAGGUCCCAGACAGCGUCCCUGUGGACCUGAGGGCAAAGCUGAUCGUCUGCCUCAUCCACCUGGGAGCCUUCAGACCUCCUGAGGGCCUGGUGUCGACUCUGGUGGAGCAGAGUCCCGAGGAGGUGGGGGACCUGUACCUGGACGUAGCUGAGGCCUACCUGGAGCAGGGCAGGUACACCUCGGCGCUGCCGCUGCUGUCAGCCCUCGUCCUCUCCGAAAAGUACGACCUGGCCGUGGUGUGGCUGCGGCACGCAGAGUGUCUGAAGGCCCUGGGCCGCCUGGAGGAGGCGGCGGACAGCUACAGCAAGGUGGUGGAGAUGGCGCCGCUGCACCUGGAGGCCCGGCUGUCUCUGGCCACGCUGCAGCAGCAGCUGGGGCGGAUGGACCGCGCUCUGAAGGCGCUGGAGCCCAUGUAUGACAGCGACACGCUGGCGCAGGACUCGUCCGCUGCCCAGAAGGAGCUGAAGCUGCUGCUGCACCGGUCCACGCUGCUGAAGACGCAGGGCCAGAUGGAGGACUACCUGGACGCCAUGAUCACCAUGAUCUCCAUGCUGCUGAAGGUCGCCAUGCAGCGAGCCAAGGUGUGCGUCCGCUCCGUGACGCUGGAAGGAAGGAGCCACCUGAGGCUGGUGAAGGUUCAGGACUUGCAGCUGGAGAUCGCCGACCACGAGAGCGCCUACCUGGACAACAUGUGUAAAACCAACUUUCUCUCCAAGGAGGACUGGUGGCAGCUGCUGCUCAGCUGCCUGCUGGGGCUGUGCGAGCUGCGGCGCUACGGGGAGACGGACCUCCUGGUGGAGUCGGCCAUGGAGUUCUACUCCUUCUACGACAGCAAGCCCAGGAGGAAGGAGCUGGAGUUCUUCGGCCUCUCCGCCACCAUCCUCAACCAGGACUUCUUCAAGGCGUACAACUACAUGAGGUUGAUGCUGGUAGAAAACCUUAAUUUUCCUCAGUUCUGGAACAUUUUCCACCAGCUGACGUUGUCCUCCGAGCACCAGCGCCACCAUCGCUACUGUCUGCGGCUGCUGCUCAAGCACCCGGACAACCCGGCUCUGUGCGUUCUGUGUGGACACAACGCCGCCGUUUGUGGGAGCUUCAAGCACGCGCUAGGCCAGUAUGUCCAGGCCCUGAAGAACCAGCCUGAAAACCCCCUGCACAGCCUCUACGUGGGCCUCACCUUCUUCCACAUGGCGUCCCAGAAGUACGUGGCCCGGCGCCACGCUCUCAUCCUGCAGGGCUUCUCCUUCCUGUGGCGCUACGUGGAGCUGCGCGGGGAGUGUCAGGAGAGCAUGUUCAACCUGGGCCGGGCCCUGCACCAGAUGGGCCUGGCCCACCUGGCCAUCCAUUACUACCAGAAGGCGCUUUCCCUGCCUGCGUGGAAGCUGGAUGGCAUUGCGGACGAUCAGGUGGAUCUGAGGAGGGAGAUUGCUUUCAACCUGUCGCUGAUCUACCAGAACAGCGGGAACCUGGAGAUGGCGCGGCAGAUCCUCAGAGCUCACUGCACCGUGUGACGGCCGGCUCCACCCACCCAUGCUCUGAAUCAGAGAAAAGGCUCAGCCUCUCUGUGUCCAAAGCGGAGGCCCCUGGGGGCCAUUUCUGGCCCCUUAGCAGAAUGGACGACCUGUAUAGAUGUGAAUUAGUUUGUAAA